AUGAGCCGGCAACUGAAUUUGAAAGAAUCGUUUGCAAAUGCAAACAAGAGAAGACGUUAUUCUAAUGAAGAUAUUGCAUCCUCAACGUUAUCAUCAUCACCACCAGUUUGCUCAACCACAUCAUCGUCUACAGAAGUCUUGCUAUCCAUUUCACUGACAUCAACACCAUCAUUCUUAUCACAAUCAAUUUCAUCACCAACGGAACCAAUAACGCCGCCGAUAUUUCAGUUACAGACAACAGUCUCUGUUUCUUCUCCAUCAAAAGAUUCUGAACUCUCUGUUGUCGAUGAACAGAAUCGUACUCCAACUGUUUUUCAAAGUCUCUCAUCAAACAGUAUAAUUUCAACUGCAUCAUGUAUCGAUAUGUAUGAUCCGAAUGAUAUUGGUAAUUUUAUUGAUGGAUCGGUUACUGAACAAGAUAAUACUCGAAUCUAUGAUGUACUUAAAAAACCUUGGACUCCACCACUCUUCUACAAGUUUCCGAAAGUCGACCAUAAAGGACAUUCUCGAUCGUACUUAUCUAUUCAUGGUGAUAGUGAAACAUCAGCUCUUUCUGGUGCAUAUCACAAAUCAAUCUCAUCGGACAUUGAGUUUAUUACGUCACUUAUCGUUGUUUCUCGUGUCUUCGCCCUUACGAAACCAUAUACUGAAAGUCUACAAUCACCAACAUGUGAACUCGUACAAUGCUACGACAAGAUCGAAGAAUUGGCAUUGUAUUUAAUUGAACUCUUGAAUGAUGAUCAUAUGGAUAAAUUACACGACGAUUUAAUUCAAUUUGCUGCUCAACAUGAUAUUCCAUUUGUACUUUCGCGUCGAAAGAAAAUAACACCACGUACAUUCUUCGAAUCAAUUCAUCAAGCUUUUAUUUCAAGCACAAUCGAUGAAUUGGGUCCACGAUUUUCUACACAUCAGAAGCUUGCCGUAAAAAUCUCCAAAUUAAUGCCUGUUCAUGUUAAGGAAGUCGAUUUCGCUGAUAUGAAGGAUACAUUCGAAUUUUACAAGGAAGAUCUGCUUAAUAUUCAACUUUAUUAUUCAUCCAAAAUGGAUACUGAUCAUGGACGUAAUUUAUGGCACCCUAUGAAACGACUUUCAGAUGGAACAUAUCAACAUAAAGCUCGAUGGCCUAAUGUACUUAAUGCAAUGUUUUCCAUUUAUCCAUUAUUAACCUAUAAAUCAUUUGAUCAAGCAACAAUUAUGUUUAAACAUAUGAUUUUCACUGGAUUACCAUAUAAACGAUCACCUUGUUGGGGUAUUUUUCAAGAACCAAAUAGAUUAAUAAAUUAUUAUCCAUUUAAUAUAGAAGAAUAUCGACGAGCUUAUUUAACAUUUUCAGAAUGGAUAUUGAAUAAUUUUGAAUUAUAUUCUAAAUUUGAAUUGACACCUAUUCAAAAGAAAUUACAAGAGACUCAUAAAUCAGAACAAAUACCUAUUUGUUAUGGACUAUGUCAUCAAAAUCAGUCAUUUAGUCAAUCAUCAAGCGAAAGAACAUUUAGUGGAGAAUAUAUUGCUGUUUUAAAUCGUGCUGGUAUUGGUCGUCGAGAAUUAAUCAAUGCUGAUGAAAUAGUACAAGGACUAUUGAAAGCAUUUCCAGAUGAUAAAAAUCCUUAUUUACGUGUUUGGCCAAAACAAUUUGAUUUUAAUGAUGAUCUUUAUGAAUCAGCACGUAUGGCUCGAUCAAUUCGUGUUUUUAUUGAAGUUCAUGGAGUUGGUUUAUCAAAUACUGUAUUUAUGCGACCAGGUGCAAUUCUCUAUGAAAUCACUCCACCUGGUUGUCGUAUAUUGACAUUCUUUUAUCGACGUUGGGCAGAAGUAUUCAAUCUACAACAUGCAUUAUGGAGUCCUGGGGAUACAGGUGAUUCUUGUAUACAUGAGGGAGCAACUAGAGUAAAUGUCGAUGAAGUUGUUAGUGAUGUGAUCAAUUUAGUUAAAAAUGAAAAUCGAUAUCGAAGUGGUUAUUUAUCUCGAGCACUUGAUCUUAUUGUAAAAGAAUAA